AUGUCGCAGUCCGUGGCUCAGCCUACCGCCACGAGAUUAGGUACUCGUGACGACGGUGGCACCCCAAUAGCCUCUGGGGAGCAGAAGUCAGGUCAAGAGGUCGCUCCGAUAAAGAAACGCCAACGUGGUAGAAAGCGCCAGCACAAGAAUCAGGAUACAGCAACAGUGGAAGCCGAGAGUUCAGUAGCAACGAACGCACUCCGGGCCCAUGAGACAGUUAUUGACGGCGAUCACCAGCCUACAACGGCCGGGACUGCAGUAACCAAAGAGGACGAUGCUAUACGGCCGAAGGCACGAAAUGCGCGUCCUUCAAAACUAGAGCGUGCUAGGCGAAAUGGAGCGAAAGCAUCUCCACCCGUAACAACUUCUUUGGCGUCAGCAGAAGUUGCAACAGUGAAGGUACCGGUUAAAGAGAAGCUUCCAAUAUUAGCUCAAGGAGACGCAGUUCCAUCAAAGGGAUUGAGGCCUCAAUCUGCGAAAGCAGGACAACCCCGGGCACAGCUUCCACACCAGGCGCCUUCUUGGAAAACGUCAUGGAUGUUCCGGGAGACCACCGAGCUGCCCGUUCGCACAAUAGAAGCAACAACACUGGAGCCAGAUGGCACCAAGGUGUCGUCUGAGCGUGGCUUCGAGACCUUGUGUAGCUACAACUGGCAGUGUGAUGGGUCAAUCUAUGUACCUGGUGCACCUCCGAGGUGGAACCCUCCACCGCUGCCGACCUCUCUAGCUCAGGACUCAGGGAGACACUUCGUCGAUCAGAACUCAUCUCGCGUGCCCAAGUAUCCUUUCGAGCCAGCCUUCGCUGCCCUUGCUGUGAUGGGACCCGACGUCGUGCUAGAUCGAGUCGACAUCAUCGCCAACCGCAACAGUCUUCGCAAGCUACUCGAUUUUUCGGCUGGGAGGAAACUGGACAUUUUCUGCAUGGGCUUACACAUGGUCGGCAAUACGCUCGUUAUUAGCCGUAAAGAACGGAACGCUCAGCAAAUGAUCCAUGGUGCACCGAACGCGGGCUACGGACAUAACUUCGAGAAGACCUUCACCAUGCCUGAUCAUGGAAUGGGGAAUUCUAGCAGUCAUCACAGGGUCAUUCGGUACUAUAUCGGCCCUUUGAACUGCGUUGUCCGUUUUGAAGUCGAUGCGUAUUACGAUGACCCGGAUGUCGUCCUGGACUCGAAGUCUAAACAGCCUAGGGAUGAGCCCGUUGGCACCGUGAGCGCUGCUAUGGCACAACUAAAUAUUGCAGGCCUGCCAUCAACUCAAACUAAACCUCGAAAGACUCCCGUCGAUAAGCCUACAGUAGUCGUUGAGAAGGGAAUCUUCAUCAACCCGUCCAAGCUCGCGGAAAUCAAAGCCAAGAAGCUCGCACGUCUUACAGAAGCACUACCGCAGCUUUGGUUCGGUCGUACGCCCUACUUUAUGAACGGCAACCACGACAAGGGUACGGUGCACUCGGUGAGCAUCAGUGAUGCUGAGAAGGAAUACCCCCGAUGGGAGGAAGCCAAUCAAGAUAAAUUGCGCAAGAUGGUGAGUGUGCUUGCAGAACUAAGGGAUGCCGUCACACGUACGAAAGAGCGCGCAGCCGUGCUAGUCUACGACGAGAAAGGUGGGCCAUUGAAGGUAUAUGCGAUGAAGAAGAAUCAUGGCGUGCUGCCUAGUGAAACCAUCGCGAAGCACUGGACCAACGCUGGAGGUAACGCGGGAUAA